UAUCGCAGUCGCAGUGAUAACAAUUGAAAUAUAGGAAGAUAAGAGAGACAUCACAAAUCAAUUAUCCUAGAAGUUGUGAAUAAGUGACACAUGAAUCAAAUAAAAGAUAUGAAAAGAAAAUAAAUGUCAUCCCAGCCCACCCAUUUUGAGACACAAUCUAUGACGGCCUUCUGCGCAAGUAAUAGUGUUCCCACCCAAAACUGCUAUCCUGCGCAGAACAAGGAAGACAGCCAUUUUCAUGCCUCGAAAGCACUUGUCACGUUACUUCUUUCAGCACCCUCGAUACUGCAGAAUGCAGAGAAUCUCUGUCAAUUUCAUCUUGAAAUAACACUUUUACCCUUUAAUAAUUCAUCACUUGACGACUUGUCUCGUUAUUCAUAGAUUUUCCAAGCCUGUUUUUGCAUAAAUCAAUGUUCACUCUUUCCUUUUCAGUUUCCACUUCCCUGCGUGACAGUCACGUGUGCCCUGCCAUUUGCAUUUCUCGUUCGUACUUUGCUCUCUUUCUCUCUGUCUCUUUCUCUUCCCAUGUAACUUUGCGUGCUGCCAGCAAGGUUUUCAACUUCAACCAAUCCAAGCCCUUAUACACAAGUACAAGCAAAACCCACGUUUCAAGUUUUUAACUUGCAACUAGGUAACCAACCUUUCAAGUUAUAAACUCUGCAGCUUCUUCAUCUUCAUAUGUUCUUUCUGUGGUAGAAAUUGAAAAUGGAUGGUGGUGGGUACAAUUUCUAUUCAGGGUUAAAAACUUCUAUGGAGCAGCAACGAAUGAGUCCCAAGUCACCAUUGCCAGGGUUUGUGGAUUUUCAUGGGAAGCGGAAGCAGAUGGUUAAGAUUCAGGUUUUGGAGAGAGAAAUUGGUGUGCUUCAGGAGGAGUUAAAAUCACUUGAAGGCCUUCACCCUGCUUCUAGAUGCUGCAAAGAGCUUGAUGCAUUUGUAGGCUCUAUUUCAGAUCCCUUCACACCAAUAAAGGAGUCAGACACUGAAUCUCAUCACUUCAGGAAGCAGAUCUGCAGUGUUCCAUGGAUUUGCUGCUCCAGCAGUUGCUUGCUGCAAAAGAAAAUGGCAAAACUUUGUUGCUGUUCCUGCUGUUCAUCAUCAAACUCAAAAUGUACAGGCAGCAAUUGCUUGAAGACGGCCUCAAAAUGUGCCCAAAAUUGUUGCUAACUAAUGAAAUUCUUCCACACACCUUGUGCUUGCUGCCUUGUGUGUUUUUCCUGCAAAUGUGAUGUGGGUCCAUGCGUGUUUGAUUUCUAUUUUUUGGGGUCAAUGUGUCGUUUUACAUUGGAAUUGCAGUUAGUUUGAUUUCAUU